GUUUUGAUAUUUAGAGUUUCUGGUCCUUGACAACCAUCUGAUACGUUUACUGCAUCAUACAUGGCACCGCCACAAGGUAACUACUCUUUUGUAAGGGAAGACAAACAACUAAGGUCAGAUAAAUACAAGACAAUACAACCGAGGUAUGACAAUUCCCAAUAUUGUGUGAUGCUGAGCAAAAGAAAGGUCAGAAGUGAUGAGAUUAGGUCGUUUUGUGACAUCACAUGCACGGAUGAGCACAGGUUAAUUACAGAAACGUUGUCUUCCUAAAGGUCUUUGCCUCGCUAUCACAAUCUAUCUGACUUACACGCAAGGUGCGUAGGUCAGAGAGGGUCUUUGAGACCAUAUAAAAUAGACUCAGGGGCCACUGGAAGAAAUGUGAGUUUCUUUACCAAUCCAAAAGGGUCCACCGAAAAAGAAAAUAGAGAUUUUCUGCACCUCAAAGACAAACGGUUCUAUCAUCCUGUCAAUUUCGUCAUGUACAAAGCUGCAGUUUUUACCCUCGCCCUGCUAGUGGCAGUCAUGGAGGCCGCCCAGGCCACGGACGUCCACCCCAUCUACGGAGUGAAGCUGUGUGGCAGAGAGUUCAUUCGUGCCGUCAUUUUCACCUGUGGAGGUUCUCGCUGGAAAAGAUCUUUGGAUAUUGCAGGGGACCUAUCCAGUGACCUGCUCUUGCCCCAUGAUGAAGAAGCCUCUGAUAGCUGGGCCACCAACCCCAUCCCUGGACUCUCGUACAGACCUCGCCCUGACUCAGAAGCUGCUGCCUGGGCAGGAGAGGGCCAGGAGAGCCCCAAGUUUAAUCGCCCCGCCCGCUCGCUCAUCUCAGAGGAAGUGCUGGAGGCCUUGCGGUCAUCAGACAGGAAGGGGCGGGAUGUCGUGGUUGGCCUGUCCAAUGCAUGCUGUAAAUGGGGCUGCAGUAAGAGUGAAAUCAGCUCAUUAUGUUAA